CAAAUCCCUAGUCUAGGUCCCAGUCUCACGCCCGCCGCAGCGCUGCCGCCCCGCCGUCGAUCACUUCCCAGCGCCGCCUGCCGAAACCUGCUGCUCCACAUCGCCAAAGUGCUAGCCCACUAGAUCGCGGGAACCAUGUCGUUCGCCGGCGUUUCCGUCGUUGCUGACCGCCGGCUGCUUAAUCGACCGUCCAUGGCGUCGGUCAUCUACUCCGGCAAGGCCAGCAGCGGCAGCUGGUGGUAUCACCUGCUUGUGGUACAAGGUUAUUCCUGCACCAAAGACCUGCCCAAUGGAGGGAGAAUCAAGGGAAGGUCCUUCCGAGCUGGAGGAUAUCGAUGGGUUCUGGAAUUCUAUCCCAACGGUGAUGUCAGGGAUACUGCCGGUUUCAUGUCCGUUUAUCUCGUCCUCGAUCAGCAUGUUGCACGAUCUGUGAAGGUGCAUUGUCAGUUUAGUUUCAUUGAUGAGCUUGACAAGCAAGUAAAUAGAUGCAUCCGUGCAAGCAGAGCACGUGACUUCUGUGCAAACAACCGUGCCUGGGGUCGAAGCCAAUUCAUAAAACAAGAGGACCUUGAGAAGUCAGUGCAUCUCAAGGAUGAUUGUUUCACCAUCUGGUGCGACUUCAUCAUCGCCGAAGCCGCUGCUACUACCUUCAUUGAGGUGCCGCCAUCUAACGUGUGCGAGCAUCUGAACCAUCUCUUUGCGACGAAGGUUGGCGCCGAUGUGACGUUCAAGGUCGGCCAUGAGACCUUCAGUGCUCACCGGAACAUUCUCGCGGCCCGUUCCGCCGUCUUCGGCCCCAUGAAGGAGGGGACCACGACGGGUGCCAUACAGAUACAAGACAUGGAACCGAACGCGUUCAACGCUUUGCUUGGUUUCAUAUACACCGAUUUGAUGCCGAAGGUGAUGAAAGUGGGAGGAGAAGCAGAAGAAGUUGGAGCCGAUGAGGUUACGUGGCUGCGACACUUGCUUGCUGCGGCAGAUCGGUUUGAUCUCCAACGGCUCAAGUUAAUGUGUGAAGGGAGGUUGUCGGAGCACAUAAAUUUGAGCUCCGUGACGGUCAUCCUUGGUCUGGCAGCACAGCACCAUUGUCGCGGACUUAAGGAGGCCUGCUUGGAGUUCCUCAAAGUACAAUCUGCUGCAAUCCUGGGAGGAGCUCAUCGCCAAGCUUGCCUCAAAAUCAUACGCAGCGCCGGCGAUGACCAGGGCCACGCCGGUGAUCUGCAUGGCAAUGUGGCAGUAAAACAGGACCCUGAAGGCCUUGCGCUCUUCACGCCGCUCGAGAACCUGAUCAGCAACACCCCGACCGGUAUCCGGAAGCUGACAGACGACCAGACGAAGAAGGCGUGGAGUUUGCAGUCAGUCAGUGAUAGCAGUUCUACCAUGACACAUUCAGAGUUCAACCAAGUGUAA